GAAACAAAUCAAAGACAAGCCAAUACAAGCACAUUCCCGCAAAGAAUGAAGCAGAAGAGAAACGAGAUACCAAGACAACACAAAAACAGAGCCAUUGAAACUCAGAUCCAGCGAGGAAUGAACACCAUGAAAGCAGCCCAAAACCUCGCCACAACUAGAAACGCCAUAGAACCUCACCAACAACAGGUUUUGAGAGCAAAGAAAAACGAAGACGCGUCAAAGGUACUGAAAUGUGUCUAUUGCUUCUUCUUGCUUCUGAAUCUUUCACUCUAUUUGUUAAAGUUCAAGAGUUUGUGUGGAGAGGUUUGCUUGCUUGCUACAAUGGGUUACGCUCAGCUUGUUAUCGGUCCAGCAGGCAGUGGAAAGUCAACUUAUUGCUCGUCUUUGUAUGAACAUUGCGAAACUAUCGGUCGAACAAUGCAUGUUGUUAAUCUUGAUCCUGCUGCGGAGAUCUUUAAUUAUCCUGUGGCUAUGGAUAUCAGAGAACUUGUUUCUUUGGAAGAUGUUAUGGAGGAGUUAAAGCUUGGUCCUAAUGGUGGCCUCAUGUAUUGCAUGGAGUAUCUUGAGGAUAGCUUACACGAUUGGGUGGAUGAAGAAUUGGAGAACUACAGGGACGACGAUUACCUUAUAUUUGAUUGUCCAGGCCAGAUUGAGCUGUUUACACAUGUUCCUGUGCUCAAGAACUUUGUGGAGCAUUUGAAACAGAAGAACUUCAACGUCUGUGUUGUGUAUCUGCUUGAUUCACAGUUCAUAACAGAUGUAACCAAGUUUAUCAGUGGUUGCAUGUCAUCUCUCGCUGCAAUGAUCCAGCUUGAAUUACCACAUGUCAACAUCCUCUCAAAGAUGGACCUCUUGCAGGACAAAAGCAACAUUGAUGAUUACUUGAACCCGGAGCCUCGCACAUUGCUGGCAGAGUUAAACGAAAGGAUGGGUCCUCAAUAUGCAAAACUGAACAAAGCCUUGAUUGAGAUGGUGGGAGAGUAUGGGAUGGUGAAUUUCAUACCCAUUAACUUGAGGAAAGAAAAGAGCAUUCAAUAUGUUUUGUCGCAAAUCGAUGUCUGUAUUCAGUUUGGAGAAGACGCUGAUGUGAAGAUCAGAGAUGACGAUGAAGAUUUUGGUGACGAUGGUCCUGACCUAUAAUGUUAUAUUCGGUUUCUAUGACUUUCGUUAAAACUUUAAACAAUCUUGGUCUCAUUGUUCUUGUCAGAGACCAAUAUGAGUUUGUGAGAACUUUUGUUGAAUAUCAAAAGCCUUCAAUGUGAGACGCAUUCAAACUAGGUUGAAACUAGAUCAAUUUCGUUACAUUGAAUAUUUUUCUUAGGCAACUUUUGAAUCCAUACAAAGUGCUAACGAUUUGUAAGACAGCAAUGUCUUACUAAAUUGUCAAGUUCAUA